UGUUGUAUAUGCUUAAUGUAAAUGAUAUUUUUUUCACAGGUGGAGUUAUUGACGAGGCUCGAGGGUCACUUGAUAGAGACGCACUCGGUGACUACGGAGGACGGGUAUAUUUUGACGCUCCAUCGGUUACCCGGCCCAGCCAACUCGACGCCUGUUUACAUACAACACGGGCUCCUCGAGAGCUCCACCGAUUGGCUGGUUGCUGGAAAAAAAUCCUUUCCUCAUAUACUCGCUGAUCAUGGCUACGAUGUUUGGUUGGGAAAUGCAAGGGGCAAUACUUACUCCAAGAAGCACAAGAAACUCUCGUUUACGGAUCGACGAUUUUGGGAUUUUAGGUAUUUAUAUACUUAA